ACUAUUGUGGGAUCUGUUGAAGCGCCAAAAUUCGAAUCAAUUGGUGGUAAUCUGAGUGAUCUCAGUAAGACUAUUCAAGAACUUCGCCAUGCGUUAAAAUAUCAAGAAAUCAUCGAUUCAUUAACAUCAGACAAGAACGAUGUCGAAAGGUCGCUAGAGGAAAAAACCACUUUGCUGACUGAGGCCUAUGAAAGAAUCAAUGAACUAGAGGACUCGCUAUCAAAAAGUUCUAAAGAGCGUGAAGAAGCGAUUGAAAAAGCAGUUAUGGAGAGGGUUAAAGUCAUGUCAAAGGGAACUGAAUAUACGAGAAAAUUGGAAGAGGACGAGACCUUUGUCCAUGAAGAGCGAUACGUUGUACCUCGCCGAUCAAAAUCACCACCCGAUGAUGUGAGCCAGAUUCGUCUACAGUUGGAUCAGCUACACAGUGAGAUGGAAGCCAAGAACGCCGAACUCGCAAAAGUUUUAAAGCUUAAAGACGAGGCUGAAUGGUGCCUUGGUGAACAUCGUCAGUGGCUCAGUGAAGCAAAUGACAGAAAUUCACAAAUGUCGGGUGAACUCGCCGAAAAGCAAAGAGCGAUCGAUGCUUUGAAUGGCGAAAAAGAUCGUCUACAAAGUGAGGUGGCUGCACUCUCAGAUAAAUUGAAAGAAACACUUUCAGCUGAUGUGGAUGGUGUAUCGCACACUGAACUGUCAGCUGAAGAGACGUGUAGUCUUGAGGCCAAACUGAGAGAAAAAGAAGACCAACUGCAUAAGGCAGUCACAGAAAUCGAUGAGAAAGAAGAGGAAAUCAAUCAAGGUGUUAAUGGCAUUGAUUAUCUGAAUGCGGCACCAUAUUCAAAUCCGUUUCGUCCCUAUACAAAAUUUCUUAUUUCAGCAAUUUACAUCGCGUGA